CCGCCUGUCCUGUCUUAAACCCGCUCGUCAGUGAACAGGAAGUGACGUGAGUCGUCAGUGAUGGCGGCUCAGUGAUAACAACACUCAGCUCCUCUCAGACUUUUAGUUUUUGCUUCUUAUUAAAAUUGAUUCCAUGUUUAAUUGAAAUGUCGUCGAGCGCGCGGCAGCACGUGUCCGCCAUCUUGGAAGAGUUCCUGCUGACGGCGGUGACGGAAGUGUGUCAGAGCCUCGACGUGAAGCCAGCAGGGAGCUCCGAGGCUGCGGAGGUCCGGCUGCUGGUUCUGAUGAGGAGGCUGUGUGAGGCUCUGCUGCAGGAGCUGAGGAGGCUGCUGGAGGAGAACCAGCAGCAGGUGACGACCUCUCGGCCUCAGCAGGACUCCGCCCCCCCUGCAGCUGAAGGAGACGCUGAGGUGGGGGUGAACCACCAAUCAAACACAUCUGCAGGUGAAACCAGCCAAUCGGAGCGGACUCCUGCGGCGGACAGCAGACGGAGCUUCAGCUGCAGCAUCUGCAGCAGCAGCUUCUCCAGACGGACCAACCUGAGCGCUCACCUGCGGGUCCACAGCAGAGAGCGGCCCUUCAGCUGCCCCACCUGUGGCAAAGCUUUCUCCGCCCGCAGCAGCGUCAGAGUCCAUCGGCUCAGCGUGCACAACAAGCAGCGGCCUCACAGGUGUUUUCACUGCGGGAAGGUGUUUAGCACCCGCAGCCACCUCAGGACGCAUCAGACGUCCAGCUGGCAGCACCGCAGCCAGCCGCUCAGCUGUCCGGCCUGCGGCGAGACGCUGGCGGCGAGGUGCUGCCUCCGCAGGCACCGACUGACCUGUCAGAAGACAGAUGACAGAUUCAGGUGUGCAGAGUGUGAGAGGGAGUUCUCCAAACACAGCUACCUGUCGGCUCACCAGAGGGUCCACCUGAAGGACAAACCCUUCAAAUGUCCCACCUGUGAGAAAGGCUUCACCACACGCCGCAGCGUCCACGUCCACCAGCUGACCGUCCACAGAGGACUGAGGCCGUUCACCUGCAGCGUCUGCAGGAAGACGUUCAGCCAGCAGAGCGGCCUCACAGCUCACCUGAGGACACACACAGGUGAGCGGCCACACACCUGCGAGCAGUGCGGGAACAGUUUCUCCAGCAGGAGCAGCCUGUCUGUCCACCGCCGCGUCCACACCGGAGAGAAGGCCUUCAGCUGUGACACCUGCGGGAAGAGCUUCAGCGUGGCGGCCAACCUGCGUCGCCACCAGCUCGUCCACUCGGGCCGCCGGGCUUUCAGCUGCGAUGUGUGCAGCAGCAGCUUCACACAGGCAGCACACCUGAAGGUGCACCGUGCCGUGCACAGCGGCGAGUGGGCGUUUAUCUGCAACGCCUGCGGGAAGGGCUUCAGACAGCGCAGCGCGCUGCUGGUGCACGAGCGCAGCCACGCCGGCGUCAAACCGUUCAGCUGCAGCGAGUGUGGAAAACACUUCACCUCCUCCACGUCACUGAAGCGCCACCAGCUGACACACUCAGGGCAGAAAGCUCACACCUGUGACGAGUGCGGCCGAAGCUUCAGCAGCGCUCAGGUCCUGAAGACUCACCAGCAGCUGCACGGCGGCAGCAAGGCGUUCUCCUGUGACGUGUGUGGGCGUGGCUACAGCUCACUGAGCUACCUGAAGAUGCACCGACGCAGCCACUCGGAGGGGAAACCGUUCAGCUGCGAUCAGUGUCAGAAGACCUUCUCCACGCAGGCGAGCAUGAAGCUGCACGAGCGCACGCACAGCGGAGAGAAACCGUACGUCUGCGAGGUCUGCGGGAAGAACUUCAGCGUGUCGCAGAACCUCGUCAGGCACAAACGCGUCCACAGCGGAGAGAAACCGUUCGAGUGCAGCGUCUGCGGGAAGAGAUUCAGUCAGAAGAACAACCUGAAGACUCACCAGCUGGUGCACACAGGACAGAAACCGUUCAGCUGCUCCAGCUGCAGCCGGAGCUUCACCUCCAUGAGGAGCCUCAGAGAGCACAAGUGUGUCUCCACCUGACACACAGACAGACGAGAGUCUCUGAAAAUAGUUGAUUUAAUAAUGACAAUAAUUAAACUUGGUCUUAGUUGCUCUUCAGAUUCAAUUUAUGAUUUAGUUAAAAAUCCUCCAGAAGAUUUUUGCUAUUUUUUGUCCAAGUGUCGAAGAAUAGCUUGCAUAUUAUGUCUGUUGCUGCAGUUUUCAACUCAUUUAGUCGGAGACUCUGGUGCUUCACAUUUACAGAUUUAACAGAACAGAAAUAGAUUUUGCUGGCAGACUGAACCAGAUAUGAAAAAGCAGCCAUUGUGUUUGUGCCAGAUGUUUUAAUUUAUUCAUUAUAUCUUCUAUAUUACUUCCAGGGUUUUAUUUGGGUGUGCUUAAAUGUGUUUGUUCAGUUCAGAAUGAAACUGACAUUGAAGAAUAUUCUCCACUUAUUUGUCAUUUUGUGUGUAAACCAUAAAUAAAUCAACACAUUCAGUGUGUUUAGACUUUAA